UCCUUGUCGCCCGGCUGACACCCGCUGUGUCUGACAUAGGUUACACUUGUAAAACAACAGUCGAUUCAACGUGACUUCCCAACAUUACUGCCGCAUCGCUCUGUCGUCACCUGCUGGAGCCGCACGCCAACAUACGCUCAACAUGUGCAAGUGCAUGUGACAGAAAACAACUUGCUGACUAGUUUAGGUAGCGACCAAGUCUGUAACAUCAGCGACAUAUUAGGAAGCUUAGAGACCAUUCUCGCUGUUGUAGCUUUGUGGUUUUGUAAACUAAUACCGUUCCAUUUUCUGCAUUUUCCAUUGGAGUGGUUUCAUUUUUCGGAAUUGGAAAUUCUUUCAAUACUCCGCGGCGUUAUAGACAGAACAGUUGUAUAGUAGAGCACAGUGUUAGAUAGAGCUCGAGGGAAGAUGUCGUCACCUACUGAUACUGCCGUUGGGAUGUUCUCCGCCUGGGAGUUUCGGUGUGUGGGUAUUGCCUACUUUAUAUUUGGGUCGGCCGGAGUGCUCGCUAAUGCCUUCACCAUACUGACAUUUAUGAGAGAGUCACCAAUCAGCUCACCUCGUCAUAUCCUGCAGCUUAACAUGGCUAUCGCCAACCUUCUCGUCUGUGCACCGUUCCCUUUCUCGGGCCUAUCCAGCUUCCGGGGAAAAUGGCUUUUUGGAGACCUGGGCUGUCAGCUGUAUGGCACGGAAUCCUUUCUCGGCGGAAUGGCGGCCACGACAUUCAUCCCGGUCGUUUGUAUUGAACACUACCUGGUCAGCUGUAGAAAGGACUUCUAUGAUACCAUCUCCAGCGGCACUUGGUGGACGGUUGCUAUGUUGUGCUGGAUGUACGCCUCACUCUGGGCCAUUCUGCCCCUAUUUGGAUGGAACAGCUACGACGUCGAGUCGUCAGGGAUCGCCUGUGGCAUUAACUGGCUGAGGAAGGACUCGAACCACAUGACCUACCUGCAGGCAAUGGUAAUCACGUGGCUCAUUCUCUUUGCCAUGGCUUUCUACGGACUGUAUCAGUCACGUGUCUACUGGGAGAGUGUUCAGACGAAGGCCGACCCCAAACCGGACACCAAGAACUGGUUCACAGAGAGGCAGCAGGCAUGGAUCUGUCUGGCGUUCAUGGGUAUAAUGUGUGUUGGGUUCGGACCGUAUGCAAUCCUUGGCGCGUGGGCAGCUCUGACGGACAGCACGACCGUGUCCACCUUGGCUAUCAUUAUCCCUUCACUGGCAUGUAAGGCUAGCAGCUCUCUGUAUCCCAUUCCCUACAUCGUGGCUAGCGACAGGUUCCGAGCUGCCUACCUUGGUUACCGUGUCUCCGAGCAGGAAGCCAAGGCCAACUGAUCACGUAACAUUGGGCUGUUUUAAAUCAUUACAAAGGAAGAUGUCGCGAACAAGUCACCUUGUGAAGAAUGUUAAAUGAACAGAGAUUUGUCUAUUUUCAGUCAGGAAGGUGUCCUAUUUGUGACCGUCUAUGUUUGUGAACAAGAAAUGAACAGUUGCCUAACAGGAUAGGAAUGACGUUUAGUCACUAUAUAUCUUUGUCUUAAGGUCUACCAAGCACCAGAUAGCUUUGCGCAUGAGCAGUGUCGUGGUUUCCGUCGUCGUCCGUCUACCUGAAGGUCCUCCGCCAGGCAUCAUAUCGGGAUAACUCCCCUCAAUACCCCCGCGUCCGUGGUAACAAGAGUAAAUUGUGCUCAAACUUUUUAGCUUUUGAAUAAUUAUGAGCCCUAUGACAAGAAUGCCUGGCCUGUAGAAGGCUUAGUUCAAAUAGACGACUUUGGUUCACUUCCUUCAUCAAAGGGUUCAUUUGCGCAAAACCAUCUGACUGGGAUUUAUCUUAACAAGUUAAGUUUGUCAUAUUGUUUCUAGGAUAAAAAACUCUUUUGAAAUAAUAGAACUGAGUCAAUUCCCCCUCCCACCCCCCCCACCUCCACCUCCCCCACCCCAUCCCCCUAUAUUCAGGUACAUGACGAUGCUAUUACUUCAUUGUUAACCGUCAUACUAACAAGUUAAAAUGACGUCGAUUUUAUUGUUUACUAACAGCGUCGGUUAUCAGGUGAGUGAUACAGGCCUCUGGGUAUCUUGCUUUUGUUUUUGUCUUUAGAAUGUUUUACAAUUGCAUUCAAUGAAGUUUUGUCUUAAAUAUUUCUUAGAUAAUUUGUUAGAAAUUCGAUGUUUUCUCCGACGUCCUGGCAGGUAUUGAAUUGUACAACGUAAGAAAUAAAACUAUUUGUAUACUACAUCGCCA